AUGCCAAGACACAUCAUUGAAAGCAGCGAGGUUUUCUGUUCCGAAGAAUUGGGCAAUGACAGUCCAACAUUUUCUCAUCCACAGAUCCAUCAGAUUCUCAAAACCAUUUAUCAGAAAUCGGCAGAUGACAUGGAAUUACGCCAAGAAAACAAGCAAUUCAUGGAUACCCUCCAUCUAUUCUUGGAAUGCAAGGCGAAGAUGGAUGCCAAAUGCGAUGAAAUGGAGGACAUUCGACCUCUUCAGGAUUGUGAUUUGAUGGUCGUGGUGGACGACUUUGAACUCGAGACGAAUACGUACAAUACCAAGUAUCAGCAACAAUCCAUGACGGGGAUAGCAGUCAAGGACUUUUCCGAGCUCUAUGAUGCCGCAAAAAAAGCUCGUCCCAUCUUUUGCACCCAACUGGAGGAUUUUGUACGAGAGUUUUGUCAUUCCGUUGGUGCUAAAGAUGGCGAAAGCAUUGUUUUGGAUAUAUCUGGCCUAAAAAGUGCAGGCCGUGCCGUGGAAAAGGCAACAAAGGAUUAUGAAAGGCACCUCCCUGGACCAGCUGCAUCUUGGCUGUAUGAUGUGGUCCGUGGCAGCAUUACUUUUGUCUCCAGCGAUCAUUUGCGACAGUUUGUCGAGACAAUCGAAAACAACGACUUUUUUAUCAUUGUCCAAUCCAAGAAUCGAUUUCAAAAACCAGCCUUUACUGGAUACCGUGAUUGGUGUCUGCACAUUCAAAUGGACACAGGGCUAGGGUUUCGGCAUAUUUGCGAGCUACAGCUUCAUUGCCAAGCAGUCAAGGACUUGAGCGUGGAACUUGGAUCGUAUGCCUACUAUGAAUACUUUAGAUGUUAUUUUGGUGAUACUGACCGCAACUUGGACGACCGAGUAGAAGAGCUAACGAUGAUUGCCACAGGGAAAAAGUACAAUGUCUCCAUUCUGGAUUCUUUUAUGAGAGAUACUGCGAAUGUGGACCGUCUCAAGCGUCUUUCCCAUUUGUUUCAUUGUCGCUUGGCCGAAUACGAGAUUGCAGCCAAAUUGGAAUGCCACAUUCUAGUGGGUGCCAAAGUCUGCGAAGUUGCGGACUCUCACCAACGCCUGGGUGAAAUUCUCAUGAAGCAAGGGCUUUUGGAAGAAGCGAAAUGGAUGCACGAGACGGCAUUGCAGAUCCGCUCGGAAACGGUGGGGGUGAAGCAUAAGCUCGUGGCUUCCUCGUAUAGCCAUUUGGGAUUAGUGUUUGAAAAGGAAGGCCAGACCUAUACUGCGAUGUCCAUGCACAACAAAGCCCUGCGCAUCCGCUUGGAAACUGUGGGCAAACAGCAUGUCCUGGUGGCGUCUUCCUACCACAAGCUCGGAGCAAUCUAUGAAAAUCUUGGACGAUUACAAGACGCCAAAUCCAUGUAUCAAAAGGCACUUGAGACUCGUUUGGAUACUUUGGGCGACAAAGACUUGUCCGUGGCCAUUUCGCACAGCAACAUUGCGGGGGUGCUGGAGCAACAGGGGUCGUAUGAGGAAGCCUUGGUGUCUCACAAGCACGCGCUGCAAAUACGACGAGAAUUGUUUGGUGACAAACACAGAUCCGUGGCCUACUCGUUGAACAAAAUUGGGGGAGUCUUGAAAGAAAUGGAACAGUACCAAGAGGCCACAUCCAUGCACCAACAGGCAUUGGAUAUCCAGCUGGACAUCUUUGGAGAAAAAAAUCCCUCUGUCGCCACUUCGUACAGCAAUCUUGGGGCCAUUCUGAUACGCCAGGCGAAAUAUGACGAGGCGAAAGUAGUGCAUGAGAAUGCAUUGCGGAUCCGAUUGGAAACACUGGGAGAUAAGCACAUAUCGGUCGCCAACUCCUAUAGUACUCUGGGGGUCAUCUUGGUGAAACAGAGACAAUAUGAAGAGGGAAGAAUAAUGCAUGAUCAUGCACUUCGGAUACGCCUAGAAAUGCUUGGGGAAAAGCAUGUAUCGGUUGCCUCGUCUUAUCACUGUCUUGGUGUGGUUCUAGAGAAACAAGGAGAGUACAAAGAAGCCGAAAGAAUGCACAAGAAAGCUCUUGAUAUUCGUUCAGAGAUUCUAGGGGAACACCACAGCACCGUUUCAACCUCUUCCAAAAGACUAAACAUCGUUUUGGAGAAACAAGAAGUUGAUGAGAAUAGGCCCAGUGAGUCGAAGCGUACAGCUUCAAUGAUUCGGUCAACUGUGACAGCAUCAUACAACUGCUUUCGUUCCGUUCUAAAGAAGCCAAAGCAAAUGCCAAAAGAGACUAGCGCAAUAGCACGCCGAAACGGACGGCGGGUGAGUGCAAAGUAG